UAACACACUCAUUAACAGAACAAAUAAAUAAAAAAGACAGAAAAAUAAACAAUAUAAAACAUGGAUAUAAUCUCGACAAACAAUCUAUGGAUGUGUGUGUGUGUUUGGGGGAAGUGGUUUACGUGUUAGUGUGUCUGUGUUCAUCUAAGAAUUUUUCGUGUCACGUGGUCUCGCCAGAAGCUAGAUGGCGGAAAGCGUGCUUCAAGCACAUUCACAUUCACAUUCAAUGAAUGAAGCAAGUAAAAACAAAAAGCAGGACUACGUGACGACAGAGGGACACUCCCGACAGUCCGGAAAGGUGCCUGCCAAUGGGUAUCCGCCGGCUAGGCGGCGCGUGUGGCGCAAGCCCAGACCCCAGACCCCAGCCCCUGGCCACCUCACGCCCGAGCCUGCAUGCACGUGCAAGCGUCCGCGCGGCCGCCGGUGUCUGCGACCCACACCGUCACAUACCUACAUCGUCUGUCGUCGACGUCGCGGCCACCAUCUGCCCACCAGCUACGGGCGCGACCAACUGGCAUCCCCGCUUGGCGUCGGUGGGCCGGAGGUGGCGGUGCAUCCAGUGGGCGCCGGGUGGCAGGCGAGGCUAAGUGCCAAGUGCCGUGCGCUCGGGGCUCCAGCAGCUGCAGACACAGACAGAGAGAAGGAACCCUGCUUGCUCUGUGAGCCUCUCCAUGCUCCACCUACUGGCUUACACCGCGCGGGAUGAUGGUCCAUCUGGAAGCUUAUGUGUUACUUCUCCAAGUAAACCUACCACAACAUGUUGUCGGUCCUUGCUGAUUGUUUGACGUGUCAAUAUUGACAAGACACAAAGUGUUUGUUUUAAGUUGGUGUCAAUUAAACAUCGCCGUGAAGUUUAUCUGUUUAUGAGAGACUAUAUCGACGACAGCCGUCCAUGCAAGAUUUGUCCGAAAAUAAUUUUCAAAAGCAGAUUGCGAGCAUCAUUGAAGCUGGGAAUACACUUUCAUCUCCACGUGUCCGGAGCCACAUUUACCACAAGGACGCGAGACCGUGAGGACAAGACUGGAGUACUGUGGUCAUACGAGUGUUGUGUGUGUGUGCUCGUGAGGCUCGUGAGGCUCGUGCAUCCUGUCGGCGAUGUUGCCCGACAACGUGGAUCGCUUCUUGAAGGUGAACGAUGAGUUCUGCUGCGGCUACAGGUUGAUGUGGGAUACGAACACUAUCACAAACGUUACCCAAGCCCACAUCUCGGACCUGCAAGACGCGCGGCUCCACGCACACGUCACCUGCGACCUCAAGACAGACAACUUGGUGACAGGGGCAGACAACUCCACGCGAGGGGUUGAUUACGACUUCCUGCUGAACGUAACGGUGCACGACAUUUACAAUGUGACCUUUACCUGGCAGUCGCGGGAGGGGCUGUUGAGGGAGUACCUGGGGGAUAAGCACAUCUCACUUCCGGCCGUCGUGCUGCUGACGUCACUGUACACCAUCAUCUUCCUGUCGGGCGUGCUGGGCAACGUGUGCACGUGCAUCGUCAUCGCGCGCAACCGAAGCAUGCACACGGCCACCAACUACUACCUGUUCAGUCUGGCAGUCUCCGACGUCCUCACACUUCUGCUCGCACUUCCGCCGGAAAUGUCCACCAUAUGGGAGGCCUACCCCUGGCGCUUCGGCAGCGGCUUCUGCAUCAUGAAGUCGUUCGUGUCGGAGAUGACAGCCUACGCCUCUGUUCUGACCAUCACGGCCUUCACGGUGGACAGGUACGUGGCCAUCUGCCACCCGCUGAGGUCGCAGACCAUCUCGAGCCUCGCACGUGCCAGCAAGAUCAUCGUCCUGGCCUGGGCCCUGGCCUGUUGCUGUGCCCUCCCCUACCCGGUGUACACCCGAAUGUUCUACGAGCUUCAGGAUCCGUGCACCGGACAGGACCUUGACGACGCUUUGCUGUGCAACAUCCCGUCACCAUGGCGACACGACGCCCAGUACCUCUUUCAGUUCUCGACCUUCGCCUUUUUCUUCGUGCCUAUGGUGCUCAUCUCCAUCAUGUACAUCCUCAUCGGCCUGGCCCUGUCGGCCACCCAGCGCAACACCGACGGCAAGAAGAACAAGGCGGCGGUGGUGGCGGCCACCAAGGCCAGGAAGGCGGUCUUGAAGAUGCUCGUUGCCGUGGUGAUUGCAUUCUUUAUCUGUUGGGCGCCUUUUCACACACAACGCUUGAUGACCAUCUACGUCCCAGCCAACGCCUGGACCCCGGAGCUGAUGCGGAUACAAACUUUUAUCUUCUAUACCUCAGGCGUUCUUUACUUCUUUAACUCUACGGUCAACCCGAUCUUGUACAACCUCAUGUCCACCGAUACCGGAAGUUCUUUAAACGUACCCUGUACCGCUUGUCUGCGCAUGCGUCGAGCAGAGUACGCAGAGACCAGCAUCUUCCGGUCGACACCGCAGUCCACCACGGCGUCCGUGUACACCAACAACAGGCUGCUGGUGCGAACUCGCCAACAGAACAACGGCACGUGCUGCGAGGUCGAGAGUUCAACGGUAUGAUGGACCUGCUUCCUCCAGCCUGGUGACGUGGACUACUUCGUGUGACGUACGUCACUGCUCCGCGGCUCGUGCUGCUGCUUGGCGGAGCGUGACGGCGUGUGACGUGGCCCCAAGGUGAAAGGGCGACUAAGGAAGACCACCAGCAUGCCGACCCUUGACUGGUGACCUCUUCAACGACUUGACCCUCAACCUGCCUCGCGAGGGUUCGGGCUGUGUUGUGUUUCCUGGAAUUUUGCCGAAAGUUACAUCAGGAAGUCAAAAGAAAAGUGCCGGAAUUUUUUUUUAAAACGGCAGUGUGUCUGUAAUAUUUUACAAACAAGCGAACAGACAUGGUUAGUGACUUCAAAGAAUUAUUUUCUAUUUUGACAAACGUUAUAAUUUUUAGGUUAAAAAUAAAUGUCUUAAACAGACAGGAGAUGAUGACUUUAAAGCAUGAUGCUAGGUAUAACGUCCAAUGCAAUCAAGAAGAGUUACUAAUUAAUUUAAAUCGUAUUCUGGAAAAACUCAUACUUUACAAUUAAGCAUUUAAAGCAUAGGUUUCAUUUGGGUUAUGGAGAAGCUAUCGUUUAGAAGUAGUUGUUGAAAAGUUUGUUCAACAACUUGAAGUGAUAAACAUAUUCACGAUGGCAGAUCCUCAGUGUCUAAUCUGAGCUUGGUGUAGCUCUAUCUCCAGUUCAUGUGAAAACAAACGAAUGGGAAAUAUAAAAGAAAGAAUCAUGUCUCUAGCUCGUUUGUGUUCUCUACAAGUCUACAUGCGCUCAAGGGUCUUGCUAAAUGGUUGGAUGAAUGGAUAUGAUAUGAUACAUGAUCAUUUUUGUGGAUGGACAGAUGACAGUAGUGUUUGUGUGUUUUCUUUCUUUCUCUCUGAUAUGUUAAAUAAAAUACAUCAGCGUACGUACACACACACAUGCAGAACAUAUAGAAAGAUAUAAAACAUGCACACGAGUACCAACACAACAACACACUUUUAUUUCUUUUUCUCUUUCCUUUUCCUUGUUGUUCUGUGUGUGGCAUCUGUUUACAGGGCUGGCUGCUCAGCCAUGAUAUAAACAUAGUGACUGACUCAUCGUAAAACACAAUUUACCACUUUCCUCCAUUUUACUGAGGCACGAAGAUAUAAUUUUAUCUGUUAUAUUAUCUUGGUAUUCAUCAAAAAAAAAAAAAAGAUAAACAUUGGGACUCGUCUGCGUCCAUCGCUUCUGGGAAAUAAAGUGAAUACUGUGUUUUAAAUAACCAUCGCCUUUCUGUAGUCUUCUUCCUACCCUGACAACAAAAUGAACUCUAAACUUACUGAAGUUCAUAAAUACCUAGAGCACCGACAAACUGUCUUGUCCGUUGUCACUAAGGUGUGUAGGUUGGAAUUAAAGACAAACACAUACAAAUGUUUAAUGGUGGACAACUUAAAAGUCAAUCCUUCCCCCAAAAAUUUUAGUUUGUGGCAAACAAUAGUUACCGAAAUAUAAAUAACAACAUUUUUGAGUACCUUUGUGGCCGAUCGUUUUACAAACUUUAGUGAUAAUUCUAUCAAGGGAGUUGUAGUGAGACAGAAGUGGAGCGAACUGAGCUUUGUGAGUAUAAAACCUCUUGACAGUGUCAAUCUAGACGAUCAUUCAUCUGUCACGAAGUUUGCCUCAAUAUCUGUGGAAACAUAAAGAGUAACUUUCCGGACCUUAUUUUUUAUAUCUGACUAAUUAAUAAAAAGUAUAAGAUGAUGGACUUUUCUCGAAGGAAUUUUGAGGGGACAUUUCAGACGAGCCUGCACUCUAACAGUGACAACAGAUUUUAAAUGAUUUCCUUCUUCUGUUCUUGAAUUUUCCGUUUCUUUUCAGUCCUGUAAGAUUGCCAUUACCAUCUUAAGAUUUGAGAAUCUACACUUUAAUAUGGACCAAAGCGGCAGUUGGUAAACUGUAAACCAAAUAAACUCUGUGUGAAAGUGUGAAGAACUUACAAAGAGAUAUAUACAUGUCACCGGAAGGACAGUGCCAGGGGGCAAACCUUGGUGUUUACCACUCUACUCAUUUCUCUACUAAUAUAGUCUACCCUACCCGGGUGUCGUGGUGUAUAUAGACAAGUCCCACAUUUGUGAAAGUCUGCGACUUCCAGGAACAGAAUAAAGUUCUCAGAAAAUUAUUUUCUUGAUCUUGUUACUGAAAGCCGAUCUGAACAUUAGUUUACACAAAGUUGAAGUGAACAGGACAGAAGCUUGACAAGACAUUUGGACACUUUCCCUGAAGUCAACCAUGCAUGAAAUCACUGAUAGUUUUAAAAUACAGUAACUUACUUAGACUACUGUGGAACUACUGUGAUUAUUGCAAUACACAUUAACAUUAGUUUCAAAUUACAAGUCAUCUGAUACAUCCUGAAAAUAUAGAUAUGUUUUCUUCUAGAAAUAAGAGUGGCAAUUACCAAUUCUUAAGUACAAAUGUUUUAUUUUUUAUGUUUGUUUGCCAUUUGUUUAUUUCUCAUGUUUUGUUCCGAGCAAAACUGAGGCUGUUGCUGUAUGGAAGUGAUGACAACAUUCUGUUUUCUCUGUAAACAUCCGGUGUCCUUCAACAUAAUUACAUACUUUAAAAUAUCAGGUGUGUCCAUGAAAACAAACAGUUGAGCGCGUGGUGAGAGAGAAGGUGAGAGCCAUUCCUGUGUGCUCUGUUAAAUGUUAAAACAUAUUUAUAAAUCCAAAUACGUGUUGUUUAUCCGAGGAAAAUAUUAUAAUUAUAUAUGACAUGCGGUGUACAAUUUGUGGUAUAUUCCAAAAUGCUCUCAUGAAUUGUUUUUUUCAGUUCUCUCAUGUUAUAAUGACAUUGUUAUCAAAUCUCCGAAACUCGUGUUGACCUUUGACAUUAUGAUGUUCAGUCGUUUUGUUGAUAACUGGCUCAUCUACUUUUUCUCUGCUCUUUCAAGAGUUAUUUGUUAAGUAUUAUGUGUUAUUCAUUAUUUGUAAUGUUUUAAUUGUGAUGCAUCUGUAUUUUUGUUUGAUUAAUUUAUUUUGUCUGACAAUAA